UCAUCAUCAACAUAAUAUCAUUGCCGAUCAUCAUUGUCAUCAAGAAUAAUUUGAAAUUAAAUUUUCAUUUCAUAAAUCUAUAACAUCGAUCGAUAUUCACUGCCCAUCAUCAUCAUCAUCAUCAUCAUUUUCAUUAACAUCAUCAAUUACACUAUAUAUAUCGGAUGGUGAUCAUUUUUUGUGUAUAGAAUAAUCAUAAUAUAUAUAUCCAGGAAAAGAAAAAAGGUCAUCAAACACAUUAUCGAUGUUUAUCGUUUUUGUUCCAUAUAAUCCCAAAAAAAGGUUCAACAACCUUGACAUCAUCAUCAUCAUCAUCAUAGUAUUUAGUUUGACAAAAGCAACGACAACAACAAAAAAAAAAAAAAAAUCGAAAUUUUACGUUCCAGCGAAUCAUUGUGUGAAUACAUUCAUUACAUAUUCACAAUCAAAAUAAAUAUAUUUCAUUUUACAACAACCGGCAACAUAAUAAUAAUUUGAUCGGAAAUAUAUAAUUAAUAGUUUGAAUCUGAUAAUAACAAGAUCCAGGAAAGAGUAAAUCAACCAUACACACACACACAUAAAAAAAUAUAGUCAUAAUGUCUACUCAUUCUGGUCAACCGAUUGCCACAACACGUUUCUCCGAUAAUUAUGAUCUCAAAGAAGAGCUCGGAAAAGGAGCAUUUUCUGUUGUACGACGAUGUGUACAAAAAUCUACAUGCCUGGAAUUUGCUGCCAAAAUAAUCAACACUAAAAAACUUUCAUCUCGAGAUUUUCAAAAACUCGAACGUGAAGCACGUAUAUGUCGUAAAUUAAAUCAUCCUAAUAUUGUUCGUUUACAUGACAGCAUCCAGGAAGAAGGAUUUCAUUAUCUUAUUUUUGAUCUGGUUACCGGUGGUGAAUUAUUUGAAGAUAUUGUUGCACGUGAAUAUUAUUCCGAAGCCGAUGCAUCACAUUGUAUACAACAGAUAUUGGAAUCGGUUAAUCAUUGCCAUAUGAAUAAUGUUGUUCAUAGAGAUCUAAAGCCGGAAAAUUUAUUAUUGGCCAGUAAAGCCAAAGGUGCCGCCGUUAAAUUGGCUGAUUUUGGUCUGGCCAUUGAAGUUCAAGGUGAACAACAAGCGUGGUAUGGUUUUGCCGGUACACCUGGUUAUCUAUCACCUGAAGUACUAAAAAAAGAUCCUUAUGGUAAACCAGUCGAUAUUUGGGCUUGUGGUGUCAUCUUAUACAUUCUAUUAGUUGGCUAUCCACCCUUUUGGGAUGAAGAUCAACAUCGUCUAUAUGCUCAGAUCAAAGCCGGAGCCUAUGAUUAUCCAUCACCUGAAUGGGAUACAGUAACACCGGAAGCAAAAAAUUUAAUAAAUUCAAUGCUAACAGUAAAUCCAGCAAAACGUAUAACAGCAGCCGAAGCAUUGAAACAUCCUUGGAUAUGUCAACGUGAACGUGUUGCUAGUACCUUACAUCGGCAAGAAACAGUGGAUUGUUUGAAAAAAUUCAAUGCAAGACGUAAGCUUAAAGGAGCUAUAUUGACCACUAUGUUAGCAACUAGAAAUUUUUCCAGUCGAUCGAUCAUCAAUAAGAAAAGUGAUGGUUCACAAGUAAAAGAAAGCACCGAUUCAUCCAACACAACGUUAGAAGACGAAGAUACUAAAGAUUGUCUACUAAAUCAGCACGGAGUUGAACGAAGUCGUACAGUAAUUAUGGCCGAUUCAUCACAAGCUCGUCUUUCCAAUGGUGGUGGAUCAUUCGAACCACGAAAACAAGAAGUGAUCAAAGUGACGGAACAAUUAUUGGAAGCCAUCAAUACGGGCGAUUAUGAUACAUAUGCAAAAUUAUGCGAUCCAAAUAUAACGGCAUUUGAACCAGCAGCAUUGGGAAACCUAGUGGAGGGUGUGGACUUCCAUAAGUUCUACUUUGACAAUGUAUUUGGAAAGAAUUGUAAAUCAAUCAAUUCAACAAUAUUGAAUCCAUCGGUUCAUCUAUUGGGUGAUGAUGCCGCCUGUAUCGCCUAUAUCCGUUUGACACAAUAUGUUGACAAACAAGGCGUUGCUCAUACUCAACAAUCGGAAGAGACAAGAGUAUGGUUACGUAAAGAUGGUAAAUGGCAAAAUUGUCAUCUACAUCGUUCAAUGCGUACAGUAUCUGGUCAUCAAUUAGCAUUUUGACCAUCACCAUUAAGAAUCAAUGUCGUUGUCGCAAUAAAACCACCGCAACCAUAUCGGUGAUAUAUAUUGGAAAAUUAUUUCGACUAAUAAAUAUGUAUUGUUUUGAAUUCUUCUUCUUCUUCUCUCUCCUUUGUUCAUACGACAUUUGAUUCAUUAAUUGGUAUUUCAAAUCCACAAUGAAAAUGGAACCAUUGAUUCUUCGGACAUAUUCAUAAACAAAUAUCCAACACCAUGAUCAUUGCAUCGAAAAAAAUAUUACCGAUUCAGUGAAGCAAAUUCUGCAAAGCACGUCCGUUAUUCUGUUGCAAAAAAAAAAUUCUUCAUCACAAAUUCAAACGAAAAUCAACGAAUUGACUGCAUUUAUGAAAUGAAAUGUAACAUCUAAACAAAACAAAACAUUUUUCCAUCACAACAUCUCUCUCACACACACACACUCAUUCACAUACAUUUAACAAACAUAAAAAUUCAAACCAAUUCGAUUACAUAUCGAACUUGUAAAAUUUGCUCUCCGUGCACACACACACACACAUUUGAAUUUACACUGAUAACGAUUGUCUUGAUUUUUAGUUCUGCAAAAAAAAAUCGCUCGUGUUUUUGUGUUUGUAUGUGUGUUUCAACGUGCAAAUUCGUGUUAUUCAUUGUGUUAAUUACUUCUUUUUUUUCCACUUAUAAUAAUCUUUUUCUCUACUUACAAAUAACAUCGUUUACAAAUGUCAUUAUUUAACUCUCAUUUUUUCUGUGUGUGUGUGUAUGAGUUGCCAUUUAAUAUUUCAUUACUUUUUUUUCUGUGGCACGAGAAAAAUGAUAAAAUACAAAAAAAAAAUUUAAAAAAUUGCAUCACACCCACUUGAAUGAUAAUUUUCCCAUAUUAUUUCUACCACACACCAAACACACACACACACACACACAUACAUUUGCUCUCUUUUUUCUUCACUUUUUUUUGUCUCACCCAAACGGUGAUAUUGACUAUAUGAUCACUCCACUUUCUCAUUCAUUCAUUAAUUUUUUUUGUUUAAAUUUUUUUUUGUGUUUGAU